GUGGGCGGUUAUUUUGUACGACCCACCCAUCCUGAAUGUAUGGUUUGGUUGCACACCGUAUACAAUUUCAGUUUGUUUUAAUCAACGUUUUGAAGGCCCGAAGGUUAAAAAUAAAAUUUUGUUUUGGAGGGCUAGUAGCACUAUACUUCUGAUUUUGGACGUGGGUUUGUAAGGCUUUUUCCCUCGCUUGGUAUUUCACCAGUGCGGAAUCUACAGUCGAUUUUUGUUUCUCCUGUUUUUUUCUUCUCCCACUGGAAAUCAACAUUUAAACCUUUAAGGUGUUCUCCCAUAAUGUCAAGACCAGUAAGGAACAGAAAAGUGGUGAACUAUUCACAAUUCAACGAGUCUGACGAUGCAGAUGAGGAGUUUGGUGACUCUAAGCCUAAGAAGAUACGCUCUGCACCCCGUGAGCUGAAGCACAAGCGCUCAAAGAAUUCACAGGAUGAAAGUGAAGACUCUGAGGACAAGCUCUCAAAAUCCAAAAAUGAUUCUGCUGAUGACUUUGGUAGUGAUGAAGACAACAACUUUGGUGAGGAAGAUGAUGAAGAUGGAGGAAGUGACUAUGAAGAAAAAAAGGACAAAAAAGGAAAGAAACCCAAGAUGGAAAACCCCAGCAGAAGGACACCAAAAAGAAAACGAACCACAGAUUGCAGCGAUGAUGACAAGGAUGUCAGCCGAAAGCGAACAAUACGUCAGGCGGCGUCCAAAGCAGUCUCAAAACAAAGGGAGAUCCUUCUGGGUGAUGGAGGGAGCGAGGAUGAAGAGCAUGAAGAUCAGGAGGAAGCCUACCUUGAGCCUGACGAAUCUGGUAGUGAUGAGGACUUCAUGGUGGAAGAUGAUGAUGACAGUGACUAUGGUCACUCCAAAAAGAGAAGCAAGAAGGUUAUACGACGAGGCCGGAUGGACAAGGAGAAAAAAACUCCCAAACCCAGAUUAAAGGCUACAGUAAACCCCAGCCCUAUGAAAGGCAAGGGAAAAGGCAUCAAUACCAAGGCUAUGGAAAAGAUUUCACCAGAAGAGGAAGAGGAGGAUCCUGAGAGUCCCUUUGAGGAGGAGGAGGAAGCUGAGAAGAAAGAUACAUCCCAUGCUCCCAAGAUGACAAAGAAGAGUACUGGAGAGGAGGAGGAUGAAGAGGAGGAGGGGGGCUCAGAGGAGGAAGCUCCCUCUGGGGAAGACUAGAUCGUACCCCAAAAAUGUCCAUCUUAAUUAUUUUAUUUUAUUUUUUUUUUUUUAGUGGUCUGCUUUGUUCUCUUGGUGGCCUGGCUACAUGGUGUGGACUAGAUGUGCUUGUCUUUUCUCUACUUACCUUGAGCAUGGAUCAUAGUUUAGCCAUCUGAUCAUCUGAUUUCACACUCUGUUUCACCCAUUGUUUUGAGCUUCUCACCCCUGACUUCUCCAUCUUCAACCAAUAGGACAAUUUAUAAGGCUUUUGAAAAAAGUACUUAUAUUUGUUUUUGGUUCAUUGAAAUUCCAUCCUGCAUAAACAUUUUCAUUCAUGUUCUUCCCUCAAAAUUAUCAGUCAUGCCGUUUUUGUUUCCUUGUAUGCGGAAGGCACGAAAGUUACACUGUGACAAGUCACCAUACGCAGUAAAGUGAUUUACAGAAAUUUUACUUUUGAACUUUUAAUGUUCAUUUAUUUUGCCAUUGCUACAUUAAAAUAUCACAAAUAUCUUACUGGAUUAAAGCUAUGUUUUAUUCUUUUUGAUUUUGCUGCUUUGUGGGCAGACCAGUAAAUGAGAAUAAAAUUGAAGGUUGUAAUUUUGGAAAUUAUUCAUUUAGUUGAAUGUAGAUCAUGGUUCACUGUUAGGUCUGCUGUGUCACCUACAUAAGACAUUAAAACUUGAUAAACCCAAACAUGUUAAUGAACAAGUUACCAUUUAAGGUCCAAUUUUUCUCCUGUUUCUUCCAUUUAUGAUUUCUUAUGCUUCAUAAAUUUUGAUCGUCCACAAUCACUGCAUUCUCAAUGUAGCCAUUUAAUCAUUUGUACCAGGCAAGAACCACGUAAAAGUUUUUUUGUUUUUUUGGAAGGGGGGGGUGUUACAUUUUUUUCUUCCUCAAAUAUGUGGUUUAUCUCUUGUUCAUUGUAUUACUUCUAUAUUGAGAUUUUUUUUGUAAUGUUUGUUUUUUAAGAAACAAAAUAAAAUGUAUCUUGAUUUUAAAGAAAAA